UGUGUUCUUCUUAAUUAGUAGAGAGAGAGAGAAAGAGGAGAGAGAGAAAUGGGAAGGGUUCCAUGCUGCAGUGAUAAUCUAGGGUUGAAGAAAGGGCCAUGGACUCCAGAAGAGGAUAUCAUACUUGUUUCAUACAUUCAACAAAAUGGUCCUUCUAACUGGAGGGCUGUUCCUACUAAUACUGGGUUGCCGAGAUGCAGCAAGAGUUGCAGACUGAGAUGGACUAAUUAUCUGAGGCCCGGGAUCAAGAGGGGAAACUUCAAUGAGCGUGAGGAGAACAUGAUCAUUCACCUUCAAGCUCUUCUUGGCAACAGAUGGGCUGCAAUAGCUUCUUACCUCCCUCAGAGGACUGACAAUGACAUUAAGAAUUUCUGGAAUACCCACUUAAAGAAGAAGGUAUUUGAAGGUGAACAAGGGUCAUCAUCCUCCAUACGAAACAAUACCAAAGGCCAAUGGGAGAAGAAGCUCCAAACUGAUAUGCAAACAGCCAAACAAGCCUUCUGUGAUGCAUUAUCUCCACCACCAUUCCCAUCUCCAUCAUCAUCAUCAUCAUCUAAACAAGCCUUAUCUCCAGUACCUCCAUUUGCUUCUCCAUCUGAUCCAUCAUCAUCUAAACAAGCCUUAUCCCCAGUACCUCCAUUUGCUUCUCCAUCUGAUCCAUCAUCAUCUAAACAAGCCUUAUCUCCAGUACCUUCAUUUGCUUCGCCAUCUGUUCCAUCAUCAUCAUCCAAACAAGCCUCUCCACCUCCAUUUGCCUCUCCAUCUGAUCCAUCAUCAUCCAAACAAGCCCCUCCACCUCCAUUUCCAUCUGAUCCAUCAUCAUCAACCAAACAAGCCUAUAUAUCUCUAUCAACAAUAUCCCCACCUCCAUCAGAUCCUUCAUCAUCCAAACAAGCAGCCUUCUCUCCAUCUCCCCCACAGCCACCAAUGUACCCUGCGAAUACUGAAAACAUCGCUAGAUUGCUUCCGGCGUUCAUAGAAAAAGUUGAAGCAGCGAAAUCAGUAAGAGGGGCAAGCUCAGAAACAACCCGAAGCUCAUUGGUUAUGAAUCUAACAAAACCUAGUACUGAUCAGGGUUUUGACAUUUUCAACAACUCAUUGCUGUCUGUUUUGAACAACUAUAAUAACUCUUUGAACAGAUCAAGCCCUGAUGAUGGGUCUUCGGUGGCUGAACAGAAAUAUCCAAAGGCAGUUGGAAAAUGUGAUGAAGCUGAACCAGCACCCCCUUUAAGCCUUCUGGAGCAAUGGUUGUUUGAUGAUAAUGCUCAAGUACUAGGUGGUGAUGAUGAUGAUGACAUAUUGAAGACCAUAAACUUUGGCGACACUAAAGGCUUCUUCUGAUCUAUUAUUUUCUCAAGGCUAAAUAUCGAAACUCUUCUUUUUUUGGUUGAAAAUGGUUUUGAGACUAGUUUGAUUUUAUAUCAAAAGUUAGCUCAAACUCAAGUUCAACCGCUUUUAAUUUGAAAUCAAUAAUAGUACUCUCUUUUUUUUAUUAUAUUUGUAAACUGCUGUGGGAUUACAAUUUGACUUCAGUUAUUUUGAUAAACUUGAUUUGGAUUUU